AGCAGCAGCAGCAGCUGCCGGGCAUUUUUUUUUCCAGGCUGCACUUGUUCAGGACCGGCCGGCCAGAGAGAACAGUGGAAGAAAAAUAGGCUGCUCUAUAGUGCCUUACAGAGUGGCUUCUGGUCCUGCCUUGAUCAUAACCAAAGCUCUUUCGUAGCGCGCCAGAGGAAAUGUCAGACCCGGCGGUGGAGCUCACCAACAAGCCCUUCACAGUCCAGUUGUCCAAUGUUUAUCUGAGCAUUUUGGCGCUGUUCUGCUUUAAGCUUUUUGUUAAGAUUUCCCUCAACUUGCUGACAUACUUCUAUAUAAUCCGUGGAAACCGUAAAGAAGCUGCACGGAUAUCAGCAGAGUUCUACGACUACGGUCGACAACACAGAUCCUGGGCCGACCGCUCACCCCUCCAUGACGCUGCCAGUCAGGGCCGCCUCCUCGCCCUGAGGACCCUCAUUUUACAGGGUCACAAUGUGAAUGUUCUGACUAUAGACCAUGUGACACCCCUUCAUGAAGCCUGUCUCGCAGACCAUGUUGCGUGUGCCAGGGCGCUCAUUGAUGCGGGAGCGAAUGUCAAUGCAUCUACAAUUGAUGGAGUCACCCCUCUGUUCAACGCCUGUACAGUGGGCAGUGUGGCUUGUGCUGAAAUCCUUUUGGAAAAUGGAGCAAAACCCCAGAGCCUUGUAUAUCAACCUUCCCCGAUACAUGAAGCCACCAGCAAAGGUCAUUAUGGUUGUGUUGAGGCCCUGGUGACUUGGGGCGCCGAUGUGGACAUGGACAUUCCUCACCUGGGCACAGCGCUCUACACGGCCUGCGUCUGCCAGGAGCUGGAGUGUGCCAGGAAACUCCUGAGGGAAGGGGCAAACGUACAGAAAGGCAAAUCCCUGGAUUCCCCCUUGCACGCGGCAGCAGAGAAGGACUGCACAGCUGUGGUGAAGCUGCUGCUGGAUUUCGGUGCAGAUAUUAACGCCAGAAACACAGAGUUUCAGAGGCCGGUGGAUGUAGCUCCCCCCAGCAGUCUAACAGAGGGCUUCCUGAUGCUUUACGAAGCCACGCCACGCCUGCUGAGCCAGUUGUGUCGUCAGUGCAUCAGAAGCUGUGUUGGCCGGGACAGACUCCAUCUUCUUUCCCACCUUCCUCUUCCUAACAGGCUCAAGACCUACCUGCAGUACCAAUGACCGGAAGAACCAACAAACCUUGUGCCAAAAUGGACUUUAUGAAAGAUACGUUUAACUAAAAAAAGCCGCUAUGAAGGGAUUAUUUAGCCUAGCUACAGAGUAGAAACUGGAUAAGUACCUAGCUGCACUAAAAUCUCUGCUACAGACACACCUCUGCUUAGAACAUUACAUCCACUUUCAUAGAAACUUGGUGCUUUUAUUGAUGCAUCAGAUCGUUCCUUUUCUUGGUGGAAUGACACAACCUUGAUACAUUUCUUAAGCAUGAACUGGGUGCACAAAUUUGUUUUAAUGUGUGUUUUCUCUAAUUUACAGGGUCAAAAUUAUACAUAAAUUAUGCUCAAAGAUAUGAAGUAUUUACAGUGACUCCAAAAUUUGGAUAAACGAAUGUUACAUAGUUGGUUUGAGGUGAAGUUGAAGAACAUCAAGGUCUUCUUUUUUGUUUAACACACCAGUACCACUGGCAGACAAACAGACCCUCAGAAUGAUGCCACCACCACCAUGCUUGAUAGUUUAUACUAUGUUCUUAGGUUUCAAAGCCUCAGCUUAACUCUUCUUUUCACUGUAAUCAAACAGCUCAGUGUCAUAAACCUUUUCUCCACGAGGCAUUUGGCAGCUGCAGAGUUCAGUCCAGCUCGAAGGUGUGGAUUUUGGAGCUGGAACUUCUUGUCAUACUAGUGCUUCAGCAUCUUCCACUUUAUGAUAGGCCUGAGCCUUGUUGAUUCCUGGGUUGUUGUUUUAAUUGUUUAAUACCUUUUUCCAACUUUCAUUGUAUAAUAAUUCAUGGACUGUGGUUUAAAGGACGGUCCAUACAAGUAAACCAACUAAUUUAAAGGAGCUCUUCCAUUUCUAAUUAGAAGAAUGGUUAAAUAGACAUCAAGAAUCAUGCUAAAACCUUGUUAGUUGUGUGUGCUUUCCCUCCAACUUGCUAAGGGACAUUUAUCCAGAUAUUACUGGGUGGGUGUAUAUAUUUAAGCCUGCAUGAACAACUUUGACCCUUAGAGGGUUAGAGAAAAUCCACAACGAAGUCAAAGUUGUGCUCCUAGUUCAUGUUUUUUUAAACCCCUUAAGUUGUUGGUCUACAAAAGAAUUUCACCAAGACAAAUGUUUCUAACACUUAACUAAAAGGUCUAAGUUCCAGUGACAAUCGUGCAAAUAAAGAAUGGGUGUAAACUUCUGACUGGAAGUGUGUGUGUGCAUAUAGUAUACUGUGAGAAAGUUGCUUAUACCAAAUUCUAGGGGUCCCUGCAACGUUUGCGUUAAUCCAACCAGAUGCCCUUAGAAAGUUGAAAUAUUAGUUAAUUUCUGUUCUGCACAUAUUUUUGAUGCCUUGUUAGUUACAGCAGUGAAAAAAACACACAAGCACUUUAUGUUGGAAAAAAAUAUUAUUUUUAAAGUUUUCAAUGUAAAAACACACUGAUGUACGCAUGAAUAAGUUCUCUGUAUUCAACAGGUAAGCACUGAACCCUACAUGAUGGUUUAAAGUUGUUUUUAAGUAUUCCACAUUCAUUAUUUCCUGUUUAUUUGCUUCAGUUAUUACCCUGUAUAUAUUACAGAUUGAAGAAUAAACAUUUAAACUGAA